AUGCCAGCAAAGCAGUUUCUCGCAUGGACUCAGUUGGCUUCAUACAACAACCCCAAAGGUGCACUAUGCUCCGAAUGUCAAGAGCUCAAUGUUCUACACUCCCAAGCCGUCGACGCGACCUCUGUUAAAAUUCCCGAAAAACUAGCUUCUCCACCUCCACCUCCCAAAGACUCCGAACCCUUCAUCCUUGACACCCUCGCAGAACAUGUCACAUAA